AUGCCGUACAUAUCCAACGAGACGCUCAUCGGCGCAGCGCUCAUCAUAGUCCUCGCAUUCGGCUAUCAAUACCUCCCUUCUUCAGGUCCAACAUCGACGCAUCAUUCGCAAGAUGGUUCAGCCAGUAAAUCAUCCAAGAAACGAGCUAAGAAGAAAGCCAACAAAGCGGUGAACGUCGGUGGACCAUCAAAGGGACAUAAAGAAGCGGACGCGAUCGCUCUAGGUCAGAAACCAGAAAAGCCAAAAGGUGCUUCGAUAGCUUCUGGACAACAUGAGAAAGCAAUCAGGAAUACCAAAGGAGGCGUGAAGGAAGAGGCCGAUAAAGCUUCUAUGGGGCUGUCGGAAGAGAGAGGACCACAAGCUUCUAUAUCAUCUGGAGAGGGAAAUGGUAAAAAGCAGAAACAGAAAUUGUUAGCUGAGAGGUUGUUACCUAAAGAACCUAAGACUAAAGUUGAUGAUAUGCUCGCACCUGAAGACAGACCAGGUGCAAUUGCAAGAGUCAUGAAAGUGACCUCUUACUCGAAGAACAAGAACACUUCGAAUUCAUUCGCUGCGUUCACUCCGCCAACUCCGACGCAGGACGAUGAGGAGUCGGAAGAAGAUGAGAAGAAAAGUUUGAGCUCAGGAGUCGAGAAUGGGAAUGAGAACGGGAAGAUUGCCAAAUUCGAGGGUGAUUAUGUUGAUUUGUCAGAUAAUGAAGCUGCCCCAAAGAAAGUUAAAGAGAAUGAUGGUUGGGAUAUAGUCACCAGCAAGAAGAAAAAAUCAACAUCGCUCAAUAUUUCUUCCGACCCCUUCGCAUCACAUUCCACAUCUACUUCGCUUCCUCUACCUCCCGGUGCAGCAUCACGACAACAGAAGAAGAACGCGAAGAAAGCUGAGGGUAAGAAGCUGGCGAGGGAAGCUGAAGAAGCUGAGAGACAGCGAAGAUUGGCUCUGCACAAGAAAGAUUUGGAGAGAGAAAGAAUUAAUGAGCUUUACGCUUCCAAGCAAUCGAACCCGAAUAGAGGGAAAGCUUUGGGCAAGACUGGCAACUCCAAUUCGAAAGCGACUUUGAACGAGAACGGUAAAUUGGUCUGGGAUUAA